AUAACUGUCUGCUAUCUUCUUCUUCGUGAAUGCUUAUUAGAUCCCGGCGCAAACCCUAAUUUCAGUUUUCUGGCGGAAAAAACUUUGAUACAAUUAGCAAGUUUGCCUGGGAAAUGUGAAUAUUAGACUGAAAUCUGUUUUCCCGUUCGUUUCCGGGAUGAUUUCAGUUUCAAAUACGUCUGUAUUUUUCCGAAACGAGUUUCCAGGUUUCCCCGUUCCAGGACGUUUGGGGUCGUGAUUUUUUGGCGUUGUAGCUUAUAAAUUUAGCAGUAAGUGUUUUUUCUAAUAUCUGUAAGAGACAUUUCAGGGUGAACAAUAUGGUUGGGCAAGGUUUGACAGCUUCAGGUGGUUUAACAUGUUCAUUAAUCCAUAUCCGGCGUUGUUCUAGCAGUUCUGUGCCGUGUCUUCCUUCUAGAUGCAAGAAGCGAACGGCCUGUGUUAAGGCUAUGUCAUCAUCUAACACAGAACAUAAUCAAUUACCCUCAAAAUCUGCAUUGUCAUUGUCAGGUAUUCUGGAUAUUCCUCGUAGUAUCUGGAAGCAAACGCUACGUCCUUUAAGUGACUUUGGUUUUGGCAGGAGGAGCAUUUGGGAAGGCGGUGUUGGGUUAUUUCUUGUUUCGGGUACAGUUCUAUUUGUUCUGAGUUUGGCUUGGCUUAAGGCUUUCCAGAUUCGCAGUAGGUUUAGGAAGUAUAUGGCAGUAUUUGAGUUCCCUCAGGCUUGUGGCAUUUGUGCUGGAACACCUGUCAGGAUUAGAGGGGUCAAUGUUGGCAAUGUCAUCCGCGUUAAUCCUUCUUUGAAAAGCAUUGAAGCUGUCGUUGAGGUAGAUGAUGAUAAAAUCAUUAUCCCGCGUAAUGCUACUGUUGAAGUUAACCAGUCUGGUCUCCUCAUGGAAACUAUGAUUGACAUAACUCCCCGAGACCCAAUUCCGACACCGUCUAUUGGGCCUCUUGACCCUGAAUGUGAUAAGGAAGGCCUUAUUGUUUGUGACAGGCAAAAGAUUAAGGGAUUACAGGGAGUGAGCUUAGACGCACUUGUGGGAAUAUUUACACGUAUUGGACGAGAAGUGGAAGAGAUUGGUGUUGCUAAUACAUAUUCAUUGGCACAGAGAGUUGCAGUCGUCAUUGAAGAAGCAAGGCCAUUGUUAACAAAGAUUAAAGCCAUGUCUGAAGAUAUACAACCUUUGUUGUCGGAGGUCCGUGACACUGGUUUGCUGAAGGAAAUUGAAAGUUUGACAAAAAGCCUUACACAGGCAACUGAAGAUUUGAGAAGGGUGCACUCCUCUAUUAUGACCCCAGAGAACACUGAAUUGAUACAGAAAUCAAUUUACACCCUAAUAUUUACUUUGAAGAAUAUCGAGAGUAUCAGCUCUGACAUUUUGGGGUUCACUGGGGAUGAAGCCACUAGACGAAAUUUGAAGCUGCUUAUCAAGUCAUUGAGCAGAAUGCUCUGACGAAUGGGGGUUCAAUAAUAUGGUUGUUGAUGUUAACUAGGGCAUUGCUUUGUAUGAUAAUGUUCAAGACAUGCUUCAACAUGAAUCCUCCGGUGAAGAACAGACAACUUGUGGUGCUUCUCAAAUUUUCUCAUAGGUGAACGUUACUGGAACUUUUUUUGUUAAAUUUCAGGUAAAAAUCAUUGGACCAUUUAUGUGGAAGAAUAUGAUAGCCAAAUCUAAAACUUCUUUAAUAAGGGCUCUUUAUCUUUAUUGUAAAGCAAAUAAAACACUUGUAAAGAAUUUCCCCUUUGUUGUUUCUUUUUGAUAUAUUGAUGGGGGGAGGAGGGCAGUAAGUAGGAGGCGACAUUGUGUGGUGUCGAAUUUGAUUAUUGCCUUCAUAUUUCAUUUUUUGAUGUUGAA